AUGAAAUCCGGUAACGUAAUUCCUUCAUCAAGAAAUACCCAAGGCUGCCCUGAACAUAAAAAAGAAACUAUCAAAUUCUUUUGUAACGAUCACCAGCAGUCCUGCUGCUCGUUGUGUAUUGGAACAAGUCACAGAAAAUGCGAAAGUAUUGAUACUGUUGAAGAUGCGGCAAAACAUAUCAAAGAAAAUGGUCAACUGGACCUACUUUUUGGCAAUGUGAAGAACCUAGAAAAGAAACUGACAGAAGCAAAGAGCGAACAAGAGAAAAAUGUAGCAGAAAUAGAGAACUCAGUGGACAAAAUCAUAGAGAAAACAGAAAGGGAAUUCAAGGAACUUGUUGACCACCUAGAAAUACUGAAGAACAAACAUUUAGAUGAAGUAGCAGGUGCGCUGAAGAAAGGAAGGAGGAAGUUAAGUGAUUAUACAAAUGUACUUACUGAUGGUAUACAGUGUACAAAUUACUGCUGCCGGAAUAUUGAAAGAGCGAAAGAGACGGAGAAUGACACUGAAAUGGUGGCGAUGUAUUGCAGAGUGAAAGAGAGGCUCUUACAGCUGAAACAGUUUAAAUUCACGAAGAAACAGAUAACGAUAUCUGAAACAAAGUCACAAGUUCUGAAAGAAGUGAGAAAUAUGAAAUCUUUUGGAGAUAUUAAAUAUGCUGAGUCUGAUCGUCACGUCACGUACGAUGUACAUGACAUUGCGUUAUCUUUAGUUUCUGAAUUCAGCAUUGGAGGAGGAAAUCCGAAUGUGUACACUGGGAAUUUUCUGUCAAAUGGUAACUUUAUAGUUGGAGAUUCCAUUUCCAAUGGCCGUUGUCUUAUUUAUAACAAAGAUUGGCAAUCCACGGGAGUCAUUGAUGGACUGAGUAACCCUUUUGAAGGAAUACAAGUUGGAGAAGAACUAAUUGUGACCUGUGGUGGGACGAGAUCUAUAGAAGUUUUUUCUGCGUCUGAUUUACAUAAACUGCGAAGUAUUAAUAUAAACGAACACGUGUAUGGAAUAACAAAACACAAUGGAGCGUGUUAUGUAGCAUGUGGAAGUAAAAUCAUAAAAUUUGAUAUAUCUGGUAAAAACCUUAAAGAAUAUAAAGCUGGAGGUGGUAGGAAUAUUAAUAUAAGUGCAACAAAAGAUGGACAUCUUGUGUACAGUAGCUGGUUCCUUAAUACAGUGACCGCCAUCACGGACCAGGGAGACACCGUCUGGCAGUAUAAACAUCUCAAAAUGAAAGAACCCCGUGGACUUGAUGUAGACUCCGUCGGUAAUAUCUUUGUUGCCGCUAGAGGAAGUGACAAUAUCCACGUGUUGUCUGGCGCUGGCAGUCUUGUUAGGAUUAUCGAGGAUAUUCCGAAGCCAGUGUUUAUUAAACUAAUGGAGGAGAGGAGUAUGUGCUGUGUGUGCAGUGGUUGUAAAGUUCUGAAAAUAUAUAAACUGUAG